GACGGGAGCGCGGCGGCGGCAGCUGAGGCCCAGGCCAGGCCCCCUCCGCUCAGCCUCCCGCCUGCCCGUCUGCGCCGCCCCCGCCGGCGGCCCCGCGCCCCUCCCCCAAGCGCCAGACUAGCGCGGUGCGGGGGCCGCGCGCGAAGACACGGGGGAGAAGUUGGAGCUGAGGCUGGAGUCGCUCUUGGGGACUGAGCCCGCUGUCUACCCGUGGCCACUGCCGGUCUACGUGGAAAGACUAUCUCCCAGUUGAACAGCGGAUGCCUGGGACUCGUUUCAUUGCUUUCAAAGUUCCUUUAAAAAAGAGUUUUGAAAAGAAUCUUGCUCCAGAAGAACGUUUCUCCCCCUUGGAUGUCUUGACAAAAUCCAAGGACAGAAUGAAGAACUUGGGCUGAUUAUUGACUUAACAAAUACUCGCCGCUAUUACAAGCCAGAGGACUUACCAGAAACUAUUCCUUAUUUAAAAAUUUGUACAAUUGGGCAUCAGGUGUCAGAUGACGACGCUAGUUUUAAAUUCCAGUGUGCUGUUAAUGGGUUUCUGAAAGAACAUAAAGAUAACGAAACCUUAAAAGCAAGUUGGGACAUUGCUCAUAAACAUGGCUCAAAAACAUUGUUUUGAGAAUAGAAAACAAACUGUUGGCCUUUAACACUCUGCGUGGUCUAGAAUCCUGUCUGCUUCUCUGCUACGUGGACUCCAGCUUGGUGCCUCUCCAACUUUAAUAUGGGUAUGCCUCUCUUGUGGAUCUUGUUAAAUGCAGGCUGUAACUCAGUAGUUCUGGGUGGGGCCUGGAUUCUGUGCUUCUAACGAGCUCCUAGGUGACGGUGACCCUGAGAGCAAGGGUCCAGCUCCUGCCUUUCUCCCUUCUUUCUGGAAGAGCAGGACGUCUGCCCCCCCGGGAGGAGAAAACAUCCGCAACGUGACUACUAGUAACCAGCUUCCCUCACAGGCAAGGGACCUUUACCACUGCUCCCUACCAUUUUGUCUGAGGCGCAGCAAGCCAAAACACUGACAUGCUGAGGUUUGCAGCAAAGAGGAGGUUUAUUCACAAGGCAGCCAAGCGAGGAAGUGACGUGACAAUAGGUCUCAAAUCCGCCUCCCCAAAGGCAAGGGGCUUGGGGUAUCUAGGGGAUAAACAAUAAAGAAGCAGGGCAGUAUGAGGCAUGGGGAGCAUGAGGAAAGGUGAUUGGAAAAAGGUGUGCUCAUCAUUGUUCUGAGCUGGCGUAACUAGGCUACGGGGCUCAGCACAUUCUCAGGCUGUAGUUUUCGGCCCUCUGAUGGCAGGAGGUCAAAAGGCACUGGCCCAGGUGGAAGAUCGGUGGUCCUCUCCAGUCUUAACCAGCUCAGCCUAACUAGACACAGCUGAUUGCAAGUUCCUGGACAAUACCCGGGGCAAACAUCUUAUUGCUUAUGCUACAUGCUAUUUGGAGGGCGUGCAAGUGUUCAAGCUACCUUGAGGAGUGAAGACAGGAUUUGACUAAUCCUUACACAUGGUUUCACCUCCAGAUGAGCAGAAGAGGCCUGUAGGCUGAAUCUGGCUCCUGGCACCUGGAAUUGGAGGCAGAUGGUUUAAAAACAGGCUCUCCCACCCUCUGUGUUAUCUUAGGUAGAUAGACUAUUGAACCUUCCUGUGCCUGUUUCUCCACCAGCAGCAUGGGGACACUCAGAGUCCCUCUCUUGGGGGCUGUUAUGGGGGUUCAGUGAGAUAUAGAUGCAUGCACAGGCACACGGGAGACACCCAGUGUGUGUUAGCUUCAUGCUUCCUUUUAUUAGGAGACCAGUAUUGUUAGAAGAUUUCUGGUUUGGACCACAAAUUAGAUAGGUGGUCAUUACUAUAGUUUAUGCAACAGCAAUUCACAUUACCAUUUGCAAAAAAGCAGUUGGUUGUCCAGUGGGGAUUAUAAACAUCCAUUUACCAUGAGCUACUGAACAGAUACUUUACACAGUAACUACUGCAAGUACUAUUUAAGAUCAAUUCUCUAUGUUGUCUUAAGCAGUUGUUAACCCCCAAUUUCGUGAAUAGUACCAAGUAAGUCACUUGAACAUCAGCUAGAGCAAUCUAUUUCACUUAGCAAGCCUAAAGCUAUAGUUCAAGAAUUUUAUUUACUGUUCUAUGACAAAAAUUACUCUCAACAGCUAUGCCCUGGAUAAGUAAUCAGCUAAAGCUAGUUUGACUGACCAAAUCUGAUUUAUUGAGUUAAUAAGCCAGUUGAUUUAGAAAGGUCUAAUGUAUAUUUCUCAUCCAUUCAGCAUUAAACUGUUUCCCAUGCCUAAAAUGUCUUUUUUCCCAUUCGUACAUAUCCAAAUUCCUACUUCUGUGCCAUAGGGCUUGGCUGAACUACAACUGCCUUUAGUGAUACUUUUCUCACCUGCACAAUUGGAGAUAAUUUUAGUCUCCUCAAGACUCCCACGGGGUUACCUCUGUUGUGACACUUGACGAUUUGGUGGCAUAUUUUAUUUUAUUUUAUUUUAUUUUAUUUUAUUUUAUUUUAUUUUAUUUUAAAUAGCCUUCCAUUACUCCGUGCACAUCAAACAGUAACUGCUUUCUCCUAGUAAAGGUGCAUAACAAUUUUCUGAACUCUUCUGCUCUGGGCAAGAUUCAUAAAUACACCAGGCAAACAUAGUGAAAGAGGAGACAGUACUUGUGUUAUAUUCAGUUGGGUCUUGAUACCUAAGUGUGACUCUUAACCAAGGAUUAUGCAGUAAUUAAGGACACAGGUUAAAGUUGUUUAGAGUGUGUCCUAAAGUCUCACUGGCAGAAUUUAAAUCUCUACUCUGGAAAUUGUAGACCUGAGACAAAUUACUUCCCUAAACUUCAUUUCCUACAUCUGAGAAAGAUAAUAGUAUCUACCUUGUAGUAGACUGAAUAGUACCAUUGCCCCCAAAUGUCCACCUUCUAAUCCCCAGAACCUGUGAAUGUCACCUUAAAUGGCAGAAGGGACUUUGCCAAUGGGUUGAAAGUAAGGGUUUUGAGAUGGGGAGAUUCUUCUGGACUACCUGGAUGGACCCAGAUGUAACCACUGGUGUUCUCGUAAGAGAGGGGCAGAGGGAGUUUUUACUCCAAAGAGAAUGUGAUGAUGAAGUUGGGCUUGGAUUGAUGUGGCCAGAAGUCAAGGAAUGCUGUCAAGGAAACAGAUUCUCCCUUAGAGCCUCUAGAAGGUGAAUGGACGGCCUUGUCAACUCCUGGUUCCAGCCCAGGGAAACUGGUUUUGGACCUCUGUCUUCCAGAACCAUAAGAGAAUGAGUGUGUUUUGUUUUACACAAGCUCAUUGGUAGUAAUUUGUUACAGCAGCCAUAGGGAACUAAUGUGUACCUCAUAGGAACUAUUUCUCCAAUUAAAAUGUGUGACUGGAAACACACUUGGUGGCAUGUCUGACACACGGUAGGUAUGCUACUGUGGGUAGUUCUUGGAAACUAAAGCCUUGGUUUUUGAGGAAUCAUCAAAACCAGUACAAUGGUUGCCAUGUUUCUCCUUGUUCAUCCUGGUGACAAACCUGUAUUGAGAGCUCCAUCCUUUCCCACAGGACACCCACCCCUAGUACUUACAGGGAAGAGGUUAUGUCUCACUUCAGGCACCUUCCUCUUUUCCUUUCUGCUUUUUUUUUUCAUUAAUCUUCAUCCAACAGGCCUUUCUAAGUUUAAAAAAAAAAACACAAGACAAAACUAUUUCUCAAUGGAUUCAGAUACUACCCCAAGUUAAUAUUCCAACCAUGUUCUUGUUCUUCCGGGUCUCAUCACCAGAAAUUUCUGAGCUGAAAUCCUCUCCAGUUUCUAGGAUCAGUCACUUUCUAAUUUCUCCCUUCUCAAGUUCAGAGUCUUGUCAGUUUAGUCCCUUCCCUAACCACAACAUCUAUUAAGGUGACAUAGCAAAGUGAUGAAAGUCUCGACAGUCUGGUUUUCAUCCUGGGUUUCUGCCCGCUACUUACUGUGUGGCAUUAGACAAGCUAUUCAACCCCUCUGGGCCUCAGUUUCCCCCCAAAAAGGUGAAUAUUAUGAACAUUACCUACCUAUAGGGUUGCCAUUAUGAGGAUUAAGUGAGUUAAUAUUUGCUAAGAACUUAGAAUAUUACUUGUUAUAGUCUAAGCACUACAGUUGUGCUUGUUAAUAAUAAUAAAUGCAAUUCCAAGUGUAUAACUUACUCAACUUUCUUGUCAUAACUUUGAAAUGUUGGUCUAUCUGUUGGCCAGCGUUGCAGGUAAAUGAGUCGAGGCAUGGGCUGAGGCAUUGCUACCAGUGAGUGGUGUGUUCCCAGAACUAGGAACAGCCGUGUGAAAUAGGUAGUGGUUCUACUUGGAGACGGGGCAGACUGGAAAAUGACAGCCCUGGGAAGGAGGUGUGAUGUACAUAGGUUUGGUGUCAGAGCUGCUGCCUGCUGAAGCACCGAUGCCGGCCUAAGCCGUAAAUGGGGGGGGGCGGCUGGGGAAAACAGGGGCAGAAUGGAAAGGGAAAACGGGCAGAACGGAGAAAGAUAGCCUAGGGAGGAGGUGUGGUGUCCAUAGCUUCGGGGUCAGAGGUGCUGCCUGCUGCAGCACCGAUGACACCCGAAGCCGUAAAUGGGGUGCUGGGGAAAAGGGGGGCAGAAUGGAAAGGGAAAACAGGGACAGAACGGAAAACGAUAGCCUGGGAAGGAGGUGUGGUGUCCAUAGCUUCGGGGUCAGAGGUGCUGCCUGCUGCAGCACCGAUGACACCCGAAGCCGUAAAUGGGGUGCUGGGGAAAAGGGGGGCAGAAUGGAAAGGAAAAACAGGGGCAGAACGGAAAACGAAAGCCUGGGAAGGUGGUGUGGUGUCCAUAGCUUCGGGGUCAGAGGUGCUGCCUGCUGCAGCACCGAUGACACCCGAAGCUGUAAAUGGGGUACUGGGGAAAAGAGGGGCAGAAUGGAAAGGGAUAACAGGGGCAGAACGGAAAACGAUAGCCUGGGAAGGAGGUGUGGUGUCCAUAGCUUCGGGGUCAGAGGUGCUGCCUGCUGCAGCACCGAUGACACCCGAAGCCGUGAAUGGGGUGCUGGGGAAAAGGGGGGCAGAAUGGAAAGGGACAACAGGGGCAGAACGGAAAACGAUAGCCUGGGAAGGAGGUGUGGUGUCCAUAGCUUCGGGGUCAGAGGUGCUGCCUGCUGCAGCACCGAUGACACCCGAAGCCGUAAAUGGGGUACUGGGGAAAAGAGGGGCAGAAUGGAAAGGGAAAACAGGGGCAGAACGGAAAACGGUAGCCUGGGAAGGAGGUGUGGUGUCCAUAGCUUUGGGGUGAGAUGGGCUGCCUGCGUGAUCUGAGAAGAGCGAGUGAAAGUGGGAGAGCUUCUCCCUAGCUGCUAACUCUUCUCAAGGUCUAGCACGCACUGAACACUGGCCGGCUCAGCCUGGGUGUUGACAUUGCAUUGUACGUGUCACAGAGCAAGGGCGGGCGGGUCAGGGGGUGGGCUGGGGGCCCCACACAAGCCCAGCCCCUGGAGAAACCCGGCCCGAGGGCAAAGAGCCCGACCCCUUCUGGACUUUCUAGCGGCUGGGACUUGUCGCUGUGGGUGGCAGGUGUUUGGCACCGGAUGGGCCACCAUGCGGAGACUGUUGGGGACUGUGGAAGCCGUCUCCUCCAGAGCUCACCCUGCCUGGGCACCGGCUCUGCAGACCCCUCAGCCCUGGGUAUGUAUCGGCCAGCCCUUCCCCGCAACGGGGUCCAGAGGCCAGAGCCUGCCCAGAGCUGAGUGGAGGAGGCACCCAGAGCUUGCCAGGCUGUGGCCCGCCUCCUCCGUGGACCUCCCCAGCUUGUCCGUGAGCCCUGGAGACAGGAGCGCCUUCUCCAGGGCUGCUGAUCUGCCAGCAUCACCAUGAGCCAGGCGGUGAAGGUUUCUGAGCAGGGGAUGCAGAGCCCUGACGCGACUGGAUGCUGCACCCCACGAUGUCCCUUCCUGGCAGGUAGGUUCUUUCUUCACUUGUUUUUCGAAAUUUGGUAAAAGAACAUUUAAACCUUCGACUGUUCUUCAGGGUAUACAGGUGGUAGUGGCUUAGCCGGGAUUCGAAGCAAGCCUGUGUGAUUCCAGAGCUCGUGCUCUGGACUCUGGUGCCUCCUUGUCAUAUAUGCUUCAUGUGUUACUUUUUCUUUUUUUUCUUGAAGUCCUUAUGAUACUUAGCCCUAAGUGCCAUACCUGUAAUGAACACAUACACUGCCCUGUAGGAGGUGUUCUUUUUGUUCAACGCGUGAAUUGGUCGUCCACCACACUGGGUUCUAAUCUCAGAAGAUAGGUCAGGGACCACCAGUUGUCAGCAUAGCACCAUCCCACAUUUCUAAUUGAGGCUUGCAGCCUAGAUUUUUCCCUUUGGUCUAGUUUGAAGGAUCCAGGUAUGUAAAGCUUAUAUUCUAGAUAAAUCAGGGGCUAUCCUGAAAGGAAUUCAUCAAUGAAUUAUUCUGUAUGGAUUAGAAGCCAGUUUCUCUGGCCUUCCUGGAGUAUAUCCAGUAAGGCAUCUCAUUCAUGUCUAGAAAGCAAAUAUAUCAUUUAUUGCAACUUCAGCAUGGAGCAAUGUAUUGGUUUAAAAUAAAGUACGAUCAACACAAUUUGGUCAUUGUGAAUAUGCCGGCUGGGUCCACUCUUUACUACACAUAUGUAACUCUAGAGCUUCUUACGCCCCAUAGAGGAGACAUACUCUUGUGUGUCUAAGACAAGGGAAACAUGUGUUUUUAUUCAGGAGCUGGAAGCUACAGCAUGACAGGAAAGAAUUGAAAAAUCCUGGUCUUGGUCUACACAUCACUUUACCUUGUUCGAAUCUUGUUUCUUGGCUUGCUUCAUUGGAGUGUUUUCUCUCUCCUGGGACUGACAUUGUGUGUUAUAUAUCAGGCAUGUAACAUGUAGAAGUUUCAGAACCCAGAAUCAUAUAGAUCAGUAAAAAUUGAUAUAUUUUUGUUUAUUUAAAAUCACACUGGGCAUAAUUCAUAUAUUCCAAAAGUAGUUUGACCCUCUGCUCAUGAGAUUCUUUUUAUGGUAUGUCAAAGCAAAUUUGGACUUCCAUCCCCAAUAAACUUUGAGGUUGGAGGACACAAAAGCUUUUGCUCAGACCUAAAUUCUGUCUGAAAAAAAAGGGUAACUAUUAUAAGCCCUUUCUAACCUCUCCAGGAGCAGAAAUGAUUUACAGCUAUGGCAUUGAACCCUAAUUUCUUGAUCUCAUUUGAGGAGAGUUCAGUAAGAAACAGUGUCUUGAUUUUUGUUUGUUGGUUCCCUGUUUUCUUGUCUUGCUUACCAACAAUCCACAUGAGUGAGUAUGGCAGCAGGCUGAGUGUUCCCUGGAGCUCAUUAAGUGAACGUUUUUUCCUAAAAUGACUUUUGUCUCCUUGUUUUCAGCCCCUCUUCUUUCCUCUGUCCUUUACUAUAACCAGGGCUCAGCAAAAGCUGACUGGCUUUGUGCAGACCCUACUUAGGGUAGUCUUUUCUUCAUUAUUUUAUUCAUGGCCCCUCCAUUUCAUUGUUUGCCUUCUCGAAAUGUGUUGAAAUCUUUCUGUGGUUGAUGACUUCCACAAUGUCUUGGCUUUUAUUGGUUGAUUAAUUUUGGUAUUUCUACAGUUUUAUUUAAACAUGGUUUCAGGAGGACCAGAAAGUAAAUAUAUUUCCUAGUCUGCCAUCUUGAGCUGAAAAUCCCUGUGGAUUUUAGCAUCCAAUGUUCCCAUGGGUAAAAAACCCAACCUUGGCAUUGAUAGAUGUACACUCAAGAUUUCAGCUUUUCUUGAGCAAUCACUAAGGAUUUAAUAUGCGAUCACUUCUAAUGGGAAAAUAAUAACUAUCUCAUGGCGUUGAUUUGAGGAUUAACUUAGAUAAUGGACAAGAAAAUGCUUUGUAAGGUUUUAAAAUCUGUAAAAAACGUUUUUUGUUAUUAUUUGAUUUGUUGCUAUUUCAACUUCAGCUGACAGUUGUUUGUGACCUUGCUUAUGUGAGAAAAUGCCUUCUGGUUUAUUGUUUUGAAAGCCAGAUUAUAUUUUUCAAUAGCUCAAUGGAAAUGGCAUCAUUUGUGAAGUUGAAGGGUGAAGGCAUAAAUGUUUCUUGACAUUUGAAUCAACUAUUGGUCUUCUGGGGCUUGUCCUUAUUCUCCUGCAGUCUCUAAUCAACAUGGCAUCCAGAGAGAUCCUGUUAAAACAUAAGUCAGAUCAUGUCACUCAAGUCUCUUCAAUGGCUUCUUCACAGGAAAAGCAAAGUCCUCAAAGUGCCUCCACAGCCCUAGAAAUCUGGGCCUCUGUUUCCUCUCUGACUGUUUCCUUCUCCUCUUCACUUUGCUCCCUCUGUUUUCCACACACUGACAUCCUUUCUGCUCCUUGGAUACUCCAAGCCCACUCUUGCCUCAUUGCCUUUCCAUCUGACUGUUCCCUCUGCUUGUACUAUUCACUUCCCAGAUAUGCACCUUGCUCCCUCUCACAACCUUAGGUUCCCUCUUAAAUUUUAUCUUCCCCAGAAAGCCCUCAGUGAUCACUUAGUUUCAGAUCGCAGCCUCCUCCUACCAGCUAACAAUCUCCAUCCCCCUUCCCUGCUUGCUGUUUUUCUCCAGCACUUACCUGAUAUACUAGUUAUUCUACCCAUUUAUUCAAUUUUUAUUUACGUAUUUACACUUAUGAUUUUAUAUCUGCUUCUUUACUUUUGUCUCUCCCCUCAGCUCAAGAGAGGCUGUAUUCAUCUGUGUUAAUCACUGCUGUGUUUCCUGAACAUGCCUAGAAAACAUACUGAAGAAGGGUGCCUGAAAUUUGGCUCUCUAGAAAGCAUGUGCAGAGCCUCCCACCCCACCCUCGGACUCCGCGGGCCACAGCUGGAGGGACCAGCCAAGGAACCGUGGCAGGAAGAGGCCAGAGGUCAGCGGGCCUCGGCCGGAGCCCGUCAGUCGGUCCCCGUUCACACACCGCCAGACGAGCCUCUUGACCUGGGCAGUAGCCGCCAACCAACCGCUGAGCCACGCAAUGCGGUGAAGCCCUGACGCUCGCUGCCGCGUCGAUACACCCUGAGAACACGAUGCUCAGCGAGAGAAGUCAUACACAGAAGGACACACAGGGCGUGACCCCACUGAGGAGAAACGUCCAGAGCAGGCAACUCUUGAGCACAUGUAUUUAACAUGCAGGGAACCAGCCCUGACUCCUUGAUCUGGGUCUUCCAGCCUCUAGAGCCUCGAGGACAUCCAUUUCCGUUAUUUACGCACCCAGUGCCUGGGGUUUGGUGAUGGAAGCUGACACCGAGGGCGUCACCACGUGCGGGGUGAUGUCAGUGAAAGAAUCCCAUGGCGAGGGCCUGCCUGAGGACCACGCACGCCCGGGCCCUCCCCGCCCCCUGCCUGCAGCCCUGCGCCUGGGAGCAGAGCUGGUGCAUCGCGUGCCGGACGUCGUGGAAGUUGGUCUCCCGCUCAUCAUACUGCAGCAGGGAGGGCAGGUUGGGCGUAGGCUUGGUGAAGUUGGCCACCGUGGCCGCGAUGGCGAUCUGUCGUGCUGUAGGCAGCCCGGCUGCAGGCCAAAGCAGGCCGCGUGCCCGGACUUCCCCACCCUGCGGAGGGACGUGGAUGGGGCCCCGCUUCCACAGAGGAGCCCCGGCCCACGGCCGACAGGUUCCCCCACGCACGCACCGAGGAUAGAGGUCAGGUAGAACUUGCCGAUGGAUGACCUUACCCGAGGCCGCGUCCCAGACCGUUUAGAGCCUCACGUCUUCGUGACACAUGCUGGUGCCCUCCUCCAGGUCGAAGGUCAGCCCCAGCAGCUCCUGGGAGAUGCCCAGCAGCCCGCGUGUGAGCGCCUGCAUGGGGAAAGACUCAUUGAGCAGGUACCGGUUCACGUGGUAGCGCGUCUCCUCCCCCUGGUUCAUGUAGUAGCGCAGGUCCCAGGCGUUGAUGGGGCCGUCAAAGUGCAGGCCCCGCCUCUGGCACUCGGCCUCCUUUAGCUCCAGGAUCACGGCCGCUCCUGCUCCCCGAGGGGCUUCAGCUUCUGGGCCAGCUCACCUGCGGGCGGAGGGGAGAGGCUCGGCUAUGUCCCUGGGGCGGCCCCCCAGCCACCCCCGACCCCGCGCCCCUCGAGGCAGAAUGAAGGGUCUGGGAAGGUGACCCCCAAGGGCUGACACAGUGGGGUCUCAGGCAGCACCACGUCCGGUCAAGGUGCGCCUGACCCUGUCCCCACUGGGACUCGGGGAGGCGGUGUUACCUAGGACAGUGGCCACCACCUGGCUGGUCUUGUCCAUGUUCAUCUCCAGCACGGAGUCGGCAUGCGUGCGGAACCCCAGCAGGCGGGACUUCAGGGCCUGCAGUCUCACCAGCUCCCUGAGGAUCACGCAGUUCUCCUGGAACCCAGAGACGGAAGGCGCUGGGGACCGAGGGCCACGCCCUCCCCGCGGGCCCCGGGCCAGGUCCUUUUGGAGCCGGAAACGGCAUGAACGUGAUGGGCUCUAAGGCCAAGGGCAGGAAGAAAUGCGGCCAGUCUUUCCAGGAGCCACCAAGGGGCCUCCCCGGGCUCAACAAGACAAACACGGCUGCCGUGCAGACAGUAGCUCAACCCCACGGCGCCCGAACACCCAGCCCCUGGACGGUGAGACACCUGUUGCUGCACCCUUGGCCCAUGGCUCACUGAUGAGGCCCGGCCCCAGGCGUACGCCACCUUCUCUGGGGCCACCUCUCCGGUCUGCAGUGGGGUUCUCCUGGGAGCCCCCAGUCACCACAGGACCAGCGUGGCCUGUCUGUAGCCCAAGAAGGUGGGGACACAAGACUGUCCCCCGUGCCCCCUGCAUCACCCGCGAGGCUGAGCGAGCACCAGUGGUGUCUGCGGGGAAGAUGAAGGGCUCAUGCACAGCCCCCAUCUACAGAAGCACAGGCUGCAGCCACAUGCGCUAUGGAACAAACACAGGUGUCCAUGCAGGACCCGAUGUCUGAAUGUCAAGGCCACGCCCGGGCCACAGUGAGAAGGUGCAUCCCCCAUGCAAGCCACAGAGAGGGGAUGGGGGGUCCAUCUGCGAUUCUGAGCUCAUCGGGUAUCACCCCAGAGGGAGAGGGAGAGGGAGAGAGGUAGACAGAAGUACAGAGGGAGAGAAAGAGAGAGGGAGGGAGAGACGUCUCUCCCUUCCCUGGGGGUUCUCUAGUGCAGCCAAGGCUGAAAACCACUGCAUUUUGGGAGAUGGGUCCUCGUGGAAGAGUUAAAUAGUAGCUCAUGGCAUUAUCGACACAUACUAAAAAGGCCCCAAAUCUUGGGGAGUCAGGGAGGGGAGUGUCGGCUGCCUCGUAAACGAGGAGAGAUUGGGCAUCAGGGGAGGUGCCUGUGCAGCCUGCGCCCAGGGCCCCGCAGACUUCAUCUCCCAGCGGUGGUCCUGGGCUGGAAGUCAGCGGGGAGGUCAGGCUGUCCAAGCAUCAACGUUGACUUCAGGGCUGAUCUAAAAGGCGCCUGGUGUUUGUUGAAGCAGAAAAAAGAGAAAGUAGUAGGGAGAGGAUGGGAGUGGGAGGGGGAGGGAGCCCCCCUCCUCAGCACUUCUACCGCUCUCCCUCUCUCUCUCCCUUUCUCCCUCUCUCCCUCUAUCUCGCUGCCUCUCCCUCUCCCUCUCCCUCCAUCUCUCCCCCUGCCUCUCUCCCUCCCUCUCUCCCUGUCUCUCUUUCCCUGUCCCUCUCUCUCUCUCCCUCUUUCCUUCCCCCUCUCCCUCUCCCCCUUUCCCUCUCCCUCUUCCCCUCUCCCUCUCUCCCUUCCUCUCUCCCUGUCCCUGUUUCCCUGUUCCGCACGCUCUGGCUCUACCUCUUUCCCUCUCCCUCUCCCUCCACCUCCUUCCCUCUCUGGAGAGGGAAGGAGGUGGAGGGAGAGGGAGAGAGAGAUGGAGAGGGAGGGGGAGAGGGAGAGAGAGAUGGAGAGGGAGGGGGGAGAGGGAGAGAGAGGGGGAGAGGGAGAGAGUGAUAGAGGGAAGGAGCGAAAGAUGUCUCUCCCUCCCUCCCUCUCUCCCUCCCUCUCUCCCUCCCUCCCUCUCUCCCUCCCUCUCUCCCUCUCCCUCCCUCCUUCUCCUCCCUCUCCCUCUCGCUCCAACUCUCCUUCUCCCUCCGUCUCUCCAUCUCCCUCACUCCCUCCCAGAGAGGCAGAGAUAAGGCAGAGGGAGAGAGGGAGAGGGAGAGAUGGAGGGAGAGGGAGAGGGAGGGAGAGAGAGAGGGAGAGAGGGAGAGAGAAAGAGGUCUCUUCCUCCCUCGCUCUCCCUCUCUCCUCCUUCUCUCCCUCUCUCCCUCUCCCUCUCUCUCUCCCUGUCCCUGUUUCCCUGUUCCGGUCUCCCUCUCCCUCUGUCCCUCUCCCUUGUCUCUGCCUCUCCCUCCAUCUCUCCCUCUCUGAGAGGGAGUGAGGGCGAGGGAGAGAUGGUGGGAGAGGGAGUGACAGAGGGAGGAAGAGGGAGAGAGGAAGGGAAAGGGCGAGGGAAGGAGAAGGGGAGACGGAGGGAGGGUGAGAGGGAGAGUCGGAGGAGAGAGGGAGAGGGAGGGAAGAAGAGACCAUUUUCCCUCUCCCGCUCUCCCUCUCUCUCUCUCUCUCUCUCCCUCUCUCCCUCUCUCUCCCUCUGUCCCUCUCUCUCUUCCUCUCUCCCUCUCCCUCCAUCUCUCCCUCUCCCUCUCUCCCUCUCCCUUAUCUCUGCCUCUCCCUCCAUCUCUCCCUAUGUGGGAAGGAGUGAGGGAGAUGGAGACAUGGAGGGAGAGGGAGAGUUGGUGGAAGAGGGAGAGGGAGGAGAAGGAGAGAGGAAGAAACGUCUUCGCUCCCUCCCUCUAUCCCUCUCUCCCUUUCCCCUCUCUCCCUUCCUCUCCCCCCUCCCUCUCCUGCUCUCCCUCUCCCUCUCCCUCUCCCUCCACCUCCUUCCGUCUCUGGAGAGGGAAGGAGGUGGAGGGAGAGGGAGAGGGAAAGAGGGAGAGGGAGAGCGGAACAGGGAAACAGGGACAGGGAGAGAGGGAGGGAGAGGGAGAGAAGGAGGACAGAGGGAGAGGGAGGGAGGAAGAGACCUCUUUCCCUCUCCGUCUCCCCCCCCUCCCUCCCUCUCCCUCCAUCUCUCCCUCUCCCCCUCUCCCUCUCCCUUGUCUCUGCCUCUCCAUCUCUCCCUCUCUGGGAGGGAGUGAGGGAGAUGGAGAGAUGGAGGGAGCGGGAGAGUUGGAGGGAGAGGGAGAGGGAGAGGGAGGAGAAGGAGGGAGGGAGAGGGAGGGAGAGAGGGAUAGAGGGAGGGAGGGAGAGAGGGAUAGAGGAAGGGAGGGAGAGAGAUAAAGGGAGGGAGGGAUAGAGGGAGGGAGGGAGAGACGUCUUUCGCUCCCUCCCUCUAUCCCUCUCUCCCUCUCCCCCCUCUCUCUCCCUCUCCCCCGCCUCCUGCUCUCUCUCCCUGUCCCUCCACCUCCUUCCCUCUCCAGAGAGGGAAGGAGGUGGAGGGACAGGGAGAGGGAAAGAGGUAGAGGGAGGGCGUG